AUGGGAACGACGCCUCGAGCAGUCCUGCUCAAGGGCCCCACACUGAAUUCCAAGGUCUUUAUGACUGCAAUGCCAGAGCGUCAUGAAGACUUGGUUUCGAAAGCGUGUGAGCUUUUCAAAGUACCAGCUGACCACACGCCACAAUUGUACGUGGCAUGUCAGGCCUCGGUCGGCACAAUGCACAGUGAACAGCGCGGUGCAUUGCUUCUUGCUGAUGCUAUGCCCUUCCUCCGUGAUCGCGAGCUUAUUACACUGCGAUGGGUCCCCUCUGAUUCAUUCCGCCGAGAGAAGGAGGGUCAUGUGCAAUGGGAUCCUCGUCUUGAUGAUACCCGCCCUUUGACUAUGGCCUCGCAUGUCCGUCCUCAGCCAAUGCCCUUGUGGCGUGGUCCACAGGCUCGUGCAAUGCAUGUUGCUCGCGUUUUGGAGCGUGAGCGGACGAACGUGCCGUCGUCUCAAGACGAUCUUCCUCGCAAGCCUCUUGCUCGUUCGGACUUCUAUCCCACUAAACUAGUGUUGACAUCCGAGCCAUCAUCCGAAAAUUCGUUCGAUUCGCCAUCUACGCGCGCAUUUGAGCACACAUCAGACCAGUCGAACCAACGUACCGAACAAGCGUCGCAGCAGGCACCGGGGCACGUGCUAGAGCAGACAUCAGAGGAGGUAUUAGCGCGGGCAUCAAAGGAGGUAUCGCAUCAGACACUUGAACAAGCCUCUGAACAGGCACCUGAAUCACCUUCCAAGAAGCCAUCUGUAUUACCGUAUUCCAUGCCCAUGUCACCCCCACCUAGCUCACCGACCGCUUCGCCAUCUCACGAGCCAGUUCGCGCGUCACCGCCCAGUUCUCCCACACCCCACCGUGGGCCCAAUAAUGCCACUCCAUUGCAGUGGGAUUCGAGUCCCGAUAGCGAUGACGAAUCACAGAUCGAACCUACGCGGCGCAGGAAACACGAGUCACGAAAAAGCAGCUUCGGUGCGUGGUGUGCCCGAUUGAACCCUUUUGCACGCUCUGAUGAUGAAGGGUCUACUCGAAGGUCGAGUCCCGAGCCUUGCAGGCAAAACUUGGAGCCGUCCUCUUCUGCUACGACCCAAAAUACCUCUUCAGAUGUAACUCCAGAUUCUGAAUCUCCAGAAGACACAGCGGGAAAGACGGCACCGUCGCCAUCAACGACGGCUGCUUCUUCUUCAUCCACGGCCUCGUCGAUGCCUGUCGCGACAGCGUCUACGUCGGCUCCCACACCGGUACUAGCUCCGAUGCCUGGCGCUACUCUCACGCCCUCUGACCUCUAUGUGUCGGGAACCGCUGCGUACGACAUUAUGACACAGGUCCUUUUGGCGUUGCGAGAGCAUGCGCGAAAUGUGCAUUGCAAGAUUCCGCAGGAAUUUUGUGCACGACGCACGGGAUUGUCGUCAGGCUUAGGCCUAUGUGUCGCGAAGCGUGCUCUCUCUGAAGAGAAGCCGCUUCAACAAUUUGCUGAAGCCUUGAAUGAGUAUCUGGAUGCGUGUAUGUCUAAGCAUGGUGUGGGUGUGCGUUCAGAAGUUAUGACUCUGCGAGCUUUUGUUUUCAAGUUGAUGGGUGAGCUUCAGCGGACAAGUGCGCCAGCGAGCGACUCGACGGAUGCGCUGGAAUCGUUGCCGCCAAAAGAGCGUGCCGCUGUCAGCAAGGCGAGCGAGGUGCCGUCACGGCGUCGUGGCGGCUCAAGGAAGCGGGCCACCGACACGGGUGCUGGCGCGGCGACUGGGUCCAGUUCGGUGUCUGAUGAGCCACUAGCGAAGCGCACACGUCGCGCGUCGAGACGAACCAGCGCCUACCCGAAGUGA